UUCGUUCGUUCAGUCGCGGGCGCCGCCACUGUUCCUGCACCAACUUUGGCCCUCGUUAAAAAGGCCGGCGCCCCGUGCUUGCCCUUCUUGCCAACAACUUCCCAGCCGGAGCUCGUCUUCUUCCCCACACUUACUCCUCCUCAGCUUCUUCUACUGAUCAUCAGCUCAUCGCGCAGACAGUCAGACACCAGAGAGAGAAAGAGAGGAGCAGAGAGAAGGUGAAGGGAGGCUCUGAAGAUUUAUUGGUGGCUGCAGCGAAGCCCGCCCAGUUCAGAAGCGGAUAAAAUAGUCAGGGGAUGGAAGAUCACCCUGUCUGCAUGUUCGAUCACUCUGCGAUGCGUAUCAAGUCCGAACCCUGGUUCCUGCAGCUGGAAAUAUGACGGAGUUCUCUUGCCCUUCUCCUUGCAGCGGUCGAGCGCGCUUCGUGUUCCGUGGGAUGCUCACGGCGGCGGCGGUCUGAGGAGCCAUGAACCAGUACGGCCCUGAUUGGAGCAGCAGCAUGGGAGACGCCUUCGCGGAAUUGAACGGCGACGACGACGGGCUCAUCGAGCUGAUGUGGUGCAACGGCCACGUGGUCAUGCAGAGCCAGGCGCCGCGGAAGCCGCCGAGGCCAGAGAAGGCUCCGGCGGCGGCGGUGCAGGACGACGAGGCGGCGGCGUGGUUCCAGUACCCGGUGGCGGCGGAGGACCCGCUCGAGAGGGACCUCUUCACGGAGCUCUUCGGGGAGGCGCAGGCGGCCGACGACGCCGGCAGCGGCAGGGCGUGCAAGGAGGAGGCGGAGUGCGCGGGCGACGCCGCGCCCCAGAGCAGCGGGCUGAUGCCGCCGCCGAGGCCGCGGGAGAAGGCGUGCUUCGGAGACCUCGGCGACGUCGAGGACGGCACCGCGGCGACGGCGACGGCGACGGAGGCCGGCGAGUCGUCCAUGCUGACGAUCGGGUCGAGCUUCUGCGGGAGCAACCACGUGCAGACGCCGCGCGCCCGCGCGCCCUUCGACGGCGCGCCGCCGCCGGGGGGCGCGGGGAAGGCCGGCGGCAAGGCCCGCGACGCGGCCACCGUGACCUCGUCGUCGAUGCGGCCGACGUCAUGCACCACCAAGGCCGGGCAGCCCAGCGCCAGUGCCAACCGGAGCGGCAAGCGGAAGCAGAGCGAUUCCACGGACGCCGAGGACGCGGAGUUCGAGUCCGCCGACGUGACGUGCGAGCCGGCGCAGAAGCUGACGACGGCCAAGCGGCGGCGCGCCGCCGAGGUCCACAACCUCUCGGAGCGGAGAAGAAGGGACAGGAUCAACGAGAAGAUGAAGGCCCUGCAGGAGCUCAUACCUCACUGCAACAAAACUGAUAAAGCGUCGAUGCUGGACGAGGCGAUCGAGUACCUCAAGUCGCUGCAGCUCCAGCUGCAGAUGAUGUGGAUGGGCGGCGGGAUGGCGGCCGCGGCGGCGGCGCCGGUGAUGUUCCCGGCGGGAGUGCACCAGUACAUGCAGCGGAUGGUGGCCCCUCCCCACGUGGCGUCCAUGCCUAGGAUGACGUUCAUGGCGCCGCCGGCCGUGCAGAGCCCGCCGGUGGCCGACCCCUACGCGCGCUACCUCGCCGUCGACCACCUCCAACCGCCGCCUUCCACCAUGCAUUACCUGCAGGGGAUGGGCUUCUACCAGCAGCAGCAGCAGAGCCCAGCGCUGCCGGCGCCGCCGACACGGUAACCUGCCGCCGGCGACUACACGGGCGUUACCUUCCGAUGCCAUCCUGCACAAAAAAUACGAAAGUUGUGGCAAGCCUGAGAUCCAGGGUAUGACAAGCUGAUGGGGGUUCUACAUGUUUGUGUAGUUAGUUAUAGUACUGAUGCUGUAAGGUUAAGACUUGACCGAUCGAUAUCUAAUUAAUCGUAGGGAAAUUUGGGAUUUGCUCAAUCCCUUGACUGAUUCAUUUUUCCCCCGUUUGGUAGGCAAUGUAGUAAUUUGAUCGGUGAUUGAGAUUUGCCAAGUCCUUUCUCAGCAUAUAUGCAUUGUGUCUUUUCAGACCACCGGAAUCUCCAGCAAAAUGUUGAUAUGUACCAGUUCAGCUCAUUGUCAACUGAAUUGUGUUGUGUUCCACUACUGGCUGACCAUGUCAUGACUCAUGACUACUCUGUGAUUAUAAUGUUUCCCAU